UGACGUUGGGGUCAUUAGAAUAGAGCUUCACCAUUUUCUUACCUAGCUGCACCAUUUUAAGGAGAAAGCACGGAACCUUAUCUCGAAUUUUAAAAAUAUUCUGGAUACCAUUCAAAUUCAACGAGAGUAUGCUUUAGAGUUUUUACAGCGCUUGUUUAAACAGCUUUAAUAAGAAAAGAAGAAUAUAAGGACACGGACACGUCGCGCCGUAGUAGCAAGCUAACCUAGCUGAGUAGUAGGCUUUUCUCCACGGACGCAACAUAUACAGAGCCAAAAUGACUACAGCCUCCUCCCAAAAAGUUGUCCUGAAAAGCACCACCAAAGUGUCCCUAAACGAGCGCUUCACUAACAUGCUGAAGAACAAGCAACCCACUGCGGUAAGCAUUCGAGCCACCAUGCAACAACAGCAUUUGGCUAGUGCUCGCAAUCGCCGGCUGGCUCAGCAGAUGGAGAACAGACCCUCAGUGCAAGCUGCCUUGAAUCACAAGCAGAGCCUGAAACAGCGUCUGGGAAAAAUCAACAUCCAAGCCAGGCUGGGCCGUCCUAUUGGGGCUCUGAUUCGUGGAGGAACUGCUGCAGGCAGAGGAGGAAUGCGGGGGAUGACCAGGGCAGGCCUGCGAGGACGAGGCAGAGGAGGGGUGAUGAGGGGAGCUCUGCCUGCGAGAGGGAAGCGAGUGUCCGUAGGUGGCCCUAUGCGUGGCCGUGGCUCUGCUGGCCGUCUGCCGAUGCGUAAGGGAGGCAACCACCGUGGAGGAGCUCCUGGAAGAGGAGGGAUUCUCUCCCGAGGAGCAGCUCGAGGAGCCCUGGUCAGAGGUCGUGGUGGCCUGCGUGGACGUGGCAGUUUCAUAACUCGAGUUAAUCGCAACCGUGGGCGGGGCCGUGGUGUGGGUCGACCAACUGUUACCCGAGAACAACUGGACAACCAGCUGGAUGCCUACAUGUCAAAGACCAAGGGUCAUUUGGAUGCAGAACUGGAUGCCUACAUGGCCCAGGCAGACCCAGACAGCAUGGAGUAAAAGACUUUGGAGCUAAGGCAUAUGUAGUGUCGCUGCAUAACUGUACAGCUGAAGUCACAUAUGCAGCAUAGUGUUAAUGUACUGAGAAGGUAUUGUUAAUAAUGUAGGAGAGACUAGUUAUGUUUCAGGACUCUGAGCUUUGGAACAACAGAUAAUCACCUAAAUUUGUUUCAACCAAAACUCAGUUCUGCCUGACAUGCUCCUGCAGAACCAAUUUUAAUUGUGGAAUAACUCUGUGAAGGGACCUUUGUAAGCAUGAUGGCAUGUUUUUUUAAGAUUCUGUUUUUUUUUUGGGGGGGGGGGGGGGGGGGUAGUUAUAAAAUGGGCGAGACAGUUUUUCAAAGAAUUGGUACAAAUAUCUGUAAUUUAAAUUUGGUGAUCUAAGUAAUGUACUGUUACAAAUUCUUAAAAGUUUAAGCAUUUGUAUACUCACACUCGAGGAAUUAUUUAGUAUGCUUAUUGUGAAAACGUGCGCAAUGCAAAACAUUUCUAAAUUGCGUAUUAAAAUAAGUGGAA